AUGGGCAGCCUUGUUCAAGAGUUUGACGCCGAUCUGACGCUCAUAAAGCAGGGCGCGCUUGUGAUUGACACGAGCGCCUAUGCGCAGACCUCGUACGCACGCGAGCCGGAAAGUGCCGUCUCUGUCAGCUCGACAUUUGUACACGAGCCUAUCAGCGCGGCAUACACCUCAAUUGGGUCGACGACCUACACAUACGACCAGCACUCGAGCCAUGCGGCGAAUGACAACUACUCACAGGAGUUAUCAAGGUCAUAUGCCCAGGAGACUUCGCCGUUUGCGCACGAGCAGAGUCCGUCGUCGUCAGCGGUACCGCUGACACCGGCUUCGCAUGUCCGAGGAUUCGCCCCGGCAGGAUACGUCGUUCCAUCGCAGGGAUUUCCCGAUGUCAAUGGUGGAUAUCACAUCGAUCAUUCAGCAACCUAUUCCACGCCAGUAACAACUGGAAUGGACUUCGCCGGUCCAACGGCCGUGAUGGAUCACGCUGGGAUGGCAGGUCAACGUGCAAGGGACCUCUCGUCGAACUCCGCAGGGACGUCGGCACCAGUAUACCCGGUAUAUGCUGCCGCCAGGAAGUACAGUGUGGACAGCUCUUCGCAUGCAUCUUUUGGGUCGCCUGAAAUCGUGGGGCAGUCGUACGGCGCAAGUUCGUCAACGUUUGCCAAUGGUCAGGUGGUCGAUAGCGCAGGUUUUUUGUUGACGUCGACACUGGCUCAGCCUCAGGCGUACGAGUACCAGUAUCCCUCGCCGCCCGGAACCGCACAGAGCCAAGGACAUACGCAGUACCCUGCGAUCCUUCAACCCCCCCACAUCAACCCGUCCCAAACACAACCCGUUCUCCAUGCACAACCCCACUUCGUGCCUGCGCAUACGCCGGUGCAUUCCCGCCAACGGAGCGCGAGCACCAGCUCGUUCGCGGGGAUUUCCUACGGGCUUCCGCCGUCCUUCUAUGAAGAAGUCGAGGAGAAAUACGAUAGCCAUGAAGUUGCAGUAUCAGGCGUCAGCGCCGAGCCUUCCUUCGCGUUCACUCGACAGACAUGGUGGGACGGUCUCCUAUCACUCUAUUCCUCAUCGCAAGCCCCCCUCACGCUUAACCUGGGCGCUUCAAUGUCGGGUUCGGACCCCACGCAAGGGCAACUGGGUCUGGGAGGGAGACGUGCUGCGCGAGCUGCCAUCAUGAAGGACGUGAAGUUCUUGUUCGCCGUCGCCCCGCACUGGCUCUUCUUCCUCCAUGUGCCCACGUUCUACGCAUCGCUUUCCGCGCCUGAGAGGGCUUGCCCCGCCCUGGUGCUCGCCGUCUGUGCCAUUAGCGCACUAUUCCAAGGUAGCGAAGCUGGAGACGGUGCCGAGGGUCGCCGCCGCGCACUGAAAUUGAGAGAUGAGGCUCAAGGUGCGCUCGAGGCGGCGCUAAGCUCUCGGAGUAUCAGCGAAGAACUGGCAGGAGCUGCGUGGAUCCUCGCCUUCUUCGAACAAUGCUGUCACCCAGCGCACCAGCACGGACGUGUUCGCAGUGCGCUGCAUGUUCUUGAUGGGCUGAUGCAGCACCUGCGUUUGUCCGCCCUCGACGCGGGCGAUCCCACCGCCAGCGGAUACGCAAGAGGCGAGGUUCCCGUCGUGCGUAGCGGGAUUGAAGAGAUCGCGUCGGACGGGAUGCCCGCCAGAACUAGCCCGCCUCGUAGCAUAUCCCACCAACACCAGCAUCAAGGACCGGCACUCCACGAGCACCUGUUCCCGCAGCGCCAACGCCAGUCGCCGCCGACACAAUCGACAAGCGCGCAGGCACAUCGACACUCGCCGGGACAGCGUGGCUGCUCGUGCGAUGAACUCACUCUCGGGCGCGUCGACCCUGGCGCCGCACAGCACACUCCGUUUUGGGUGACUUCGCCUGCGUGGCAGAAUGACUGGUCAUCAGCUGAGGUACGGCGUGAGGGUUGCCGACGACUAGCAUGGAGCGCAAUGACGCUGGCGGCGGCGUAUAGUAGCUAUGCCGCAGCAUCAGGGUAUGGCGUGCCGGAGUUGUCGUUGCUUGAGCCAGGAAACUUCAAUCUUCUCUUCCCUGGCGAAGCGCUCGGUACGGGAAAGCGAUCCGUCUGGGCCCUCUACCUUCGCGCAAUGCUCCUAUGGCUUGCCUGCCUCAGGAUGCGCUCACGCGUUGAAGGUAGACGCCGAAGGUCGAUCCCGAACGAAUCCUCAGUUAUGCAUGGCUAUGGCGUGUAUGACGGCGGGCAUUCGGGUGAAAUGCAAGAUAGCGAGAUUGCGGCAUUCGCGAUGAAGGCGUGGCUCGAAACAGAGGCCAUCGAAAAGGCGUUGAACGUGCAUACAUGCAGCGUUGAGCCGGCGAUGCUCUAUCAUGGGCGCGAGUACCUCUUCAACACCCGAAUGUGCAUCUCGUUCGAGUUCCGUCGGUUCAUCCCUCACGUCAUGACCGGUGUUGGGCGGGAGAAGAGCGAGGAGUGGCUUCGCGAUCAAGGCCGUCGUGCGAAGAUGGCAGCGCAUUCCCUCCAGGCUGUAUCGGGAUCGCGCGGGCAUACGUUAGCGCACCGGCCGCACUUCGUUUGGUGGUUCAUGGGUCAAGUUCGGCGAGCUCUGCACCUCUGGUCACUCGACAACUCAUUGACCAUCGCGCUCGACGUGUGCCGCGACUUCAUGAUGCCAAUAGCUCAUCUCUCCAACCUCUUCCCCUGCGUUGAACAACGGAUUAAAUUCGAAGAGUUGCAGGGCGCGCUGAACAAUGCGACGAUUCAGGCUUCGCAGUCGGGAUACGUCGUCCGCACCAGCUGA